GCACAGUGUGAUCGAGAGAACCAAAGUUGUCAUGGACGAAGCGAGCCUCACCGCCCAACAAAAGAACGAGAUCAUCGCGCGGGUCCGCGCUGAAGUGCAACAGCAAGGCCUGCAAGAAUUGACGCAGGCUGUCCAGGAAAAGUGCUUUAACAAGUGCAUCACCCGACCACAGGAACGGCUCGACAGCAAGCAACAACAAUGCUUGUCCCUGUGCAUUGAGCGAUACAUCGAUACGAUGAAGGUUGUGUCGGCCUCGAUGAUGCAACGCGGCCAACGAGGCUAGAAAACGUCAUGAUCGCAAGGCUACCCGUGCGCGACGACGACUGCGCCUACUUGCUUGGGCGUGAACGCUAUAGACAGGUCAUGUGGGUAGUUAACAGCGACUUUCCCUGGGCAAUUUGUGUGCAGGGCUUCGAGAACACAGAGGGUUGAAAAGAGAGAGCAACUGAACAAGAUCCACAACCGCAGUGUCUAUCCCCAAAUCCCAAGGAUACAAUUGAACCUGUUAUUGAACCCAGCUACUGACGCAGUGUUCGCAGCCGCCAAGAACGGCGCGAAGCCAUACCGUCAACGGCAAAGAGUCACUAGAGUACACUCGUGUAUGUCGAUAACUUAGUUCUUUUCUUCAGCCUUGCGGACCAAGUCGGUCAACGCAUGGUCGCCUUCACCCUUGGCGCGGAUGUACCCAGACAACGCGUACACGUCGUUUUGGCCGGUGUAGACACCGUUCGCAUCCACCUUGGCGACGGCAAUUUGCACGGAAGCGUGGUCCUUGGCCGAGAGGAUGCGGUUGGUCCACGAGCACUUGCGGGGGAUGUAGAUGUCGAUGUUUUGGCCAGCGUCGUUUUGCAUCUUGGAGGGUGGGAG